UACAACCGUCUUUUAAGCUCUACAGUCCAAUACUCCGUUGAGACCAGACCGCACACACAAGCCAAGCUCAUCAACCUUUUUUGAACUCCAACUUCAUCGUCUUCAUCUUCAUCUCCUUCACUCUUCUUGAACUCAAAAGGUUCCCUAAGCAAUGCCUCUCUCUCUCCGUCUUGCUCCAUAUCCUACGGCUUUAGCUUCAACCAACGGUGGAUUUGGUCCCGUGAUGAAGAAGCAGUGCCGCAUCUCUUACUCCGGCGUUGCCACCACGAGGAUUGGUUUCUGCUCAUUGGAUUAUGGGAAAAGGGUAGAUUCCUCUGUGGUGAGGUGUAGCUUAGAGACGGUGAAUGUGAGUGUUGGUCAAGUGACGGAAGUGGAUAAGGAUACGUUCUGGCCCAUCGUUAAAGCCGCCGGUGAAAAGAUUGUCGUUCUUGACAUGUACACUCAAUGGUGUGGACCAUGUAAAGUGAUUGCACCUAAGUACAAAGCUUUAUCAGAGAAGUACGAGGACGUUGUGUUUCUUAAGCUUGACUGCAACCCUGAAAACAGGCCAUUAGUAAAGGAGUUAGGAUUAAGAGUGGUUCCAACUUUCAAAAUCUUUAAGGAUAAUAAAGUUGUCAAGGAAGUUACUGGUGCCAAAUACGAUAAUCUGGUUGAAGCAAUUGAAACAGCCAGGUCUACUGGUGGUUCGUCGGGAUGAACCAAUCCCCAUGUAAAGACUUUACCUUGAUUGGGUUGUGAAAUGUAGUAAACUAUGCUUCUCUUAUUUUAUUGGAAAUGAAAAGAUUUUUAUGUAUUAAAAUGGUAGUACAAAAAUUAAGUUGGUGUGUUAUGAACCGUUUCAC